AUGGACUACCUCGCGUCUGCUCGAAGGCUCUGAUUCCCAGAGGGGCAGCAGAGACGUCGGCAACGUGAGUGAGCUGAGCAGUAGCUGAGCGCGCCGCCAGCGAGGCUGCUCUACUAGCUGCUCGCGCACCUCCUCCGCACAACCCGACUCCCACUCUAAUCGCACAGGGCCGCCGCCGCCAACAACCUCGAACAAUGGCAGAUCCAAAGCUCAGCGGCAACGACGCCUUCGCGAGAAGCAGCAGCGCAAGAUCGAUCAACACGACGUCGCGCAAACUGGAUUGUCAAGUUAGUUUGCACAGGCAGCAGGCAGUCUCAGUGUCGCUCGGCAAGUGCGACGGGCCCGCAGUUCUUCACCUCGGGGCUUGAGAUUCGUUCGUCCACGCUUUGAAGCAGUUCCAGACCUCUCGCGCGUCGCCGGCUCAAGUACAGACGCAACUGCGACUUCAGCCAAUGCUGUCGUCGAUCGACGAUCCGCGGCGCAGCGUCAACGACGCCAACGCGAAAGAGAGCGAUCGAGCCAGACCGUUCCAACUGCGCUGCUGCCGUUGCCAGAAGGGUCUUUUCCCCGGCACAAUCUUGGAUCAAUGACGUUGCAAUGUCCGAUCUGUUCGGCUCUGCACUGGGAGUUCGAAAGAUCACCGACCCCAGGCAGCGCCACACCGUUUAAAAUCUGUUGCGAGGACGGCAAGUUCGAUUGCCCGGGAUCGAAAAGCCCCACCGAGAGCUGCUCGCGCUUCUGA